AGUUCAAGAUGUAGAUGAAUGCAACGUGUCUGCUAACUGUGUUCAUGGGACCUGCGCUAACACUGAUGAUGGAUAUACGUGCACUUGUGAAAAUGGUUAUACAGGGACACAAUGUGAUACAGAUGUGAACAGAGCUGAUGGAUCCACUGCAACAAGUAGUAACCCCGGAGGAGAUGGUGAUCCUCCAUCUAACCUUGUAGAUGGAGAUAACUCAACAACAUUCACAUUGACAUAUUCCAAUGACACAUGGGUUAUGAUUGAUUUGGGUGAAGUGAUCAUUGUAGACCACCUUGAGAUCAGUUCACAUCCUCCAGGGACAGACAUUGACGUUCAAAUUUAUAUCGAAGAUUCUGACACUCCCACAUAUGAAGAGACACUUUGUGCCGAGUUCAGUGGGACACUCGACACGAGUGAAGACAUAGAGUGUGAUGCCCCCAUUGAAGGCAGAUAUGUGUUUAUAAAAGUAAUCCUCGCUGUAAACGAAUCCAUUACACUGUCACUGGUGUCUGUAUAUGGCGAAGAACCAACUCCACCAGAAGAUGUUGAUGAAUGUACAGUGUCUGCUAACUGUGUAUAUGGGAUCUGUUCUAACACUGGUGAUGGUUAUACGUGCACUUGUGAAAGUGGUUAUACAGGGACACAAUGUGAUACAAGAGUGAACAGAGCUGAUGGAUCCACUGC